UGAUGAGUGUGCUGAAGGACGGCACUACUGUCGUGAGAAUACCAUGUGCGUAAACACACCAGGAUCCUUUAUGUGUAUCUGCAAAACAGGAUACAUACGCAUUGAUGAUUAUUCAUGUACAGAGCAUGACGAAUGUAUAACAAACCAGCACAACUGUGAUGAAAACGCGCUCUGUUUCAACACCGUGGGUGGGCACAACUGUGUCUGCAAGCCGGGUUACACGGGAAAUGGCACCAUCUGCAAAGCCUUUUGCAAAGACGGGUGUAGGAACGGAGGAGCCUGUAUUGCUUCCAAUGUGUGUGCCUGCCCACAAGGCUUCACUGGGCCCAGCUGUGAAACUGACAUUGAUGAAUGCUCAGAUGGCUUUGUUCAGUGCGACAGCCGCGCUAACUGCAUUAACCUGCCUGGUUGGUACCACUGCGAAUGCAGAGACGGCUACCAUGACAAUGGGAUGUUUUCACCACGUGGAGAAUCCUGUGAAGACAUUGAUGAAUGUGGAACUGGAAGGCAUAGCUGUGCCAAUGACACUGUUUGCUUUAACUUGGAUGGUGGGUACGACUGUCGAUGUCCCCAUGGCAAGAACUGCACAGGAGACUGUAUCCAUGAAGACAAAAUCAAGCACAACGGUCAGAUUUGGGUGCUGGAGAAUGACAGAUGCUCUGUCUGCUCGUGCCAGAGUGGAUAUGUGAUGUGCCGGCGAAUGGUCUGUGACUGUGAAAAUCCCACCGUUGACCUAUUUUGCUGUCCUGAAUGUGAUCCAAGGCUCAGCAGUCAAUGUUUGCAUCAGAGCGGGGAGCUUUCCUACAACAGUGGUGACUCCUGGAUACAGAACUGUCAGCAGUGUCGCUGUUUGCAAGGCGAAGUGGACUGCUGGCCCUUGCCAUGCCCGGAGGUGGAUUGUGAAUUCAGCGUCCUCCCCGAGAAUGAGUGCUGCCCGCGCUGUGUCACUGACCCCUGCCAAGCGGACACCAUUCGCAACGACAUCACUAAAACCUGUCUGGAUGAAACCAAUGUUGUUCGCUUCACUGGAUCUUCUUGGAUUAAGCACGGCACAGAGUGCACCCUCUGCCAGUGCAAGAAUGGCCACGUCUGUUGCUCAGUGGACCCACAGUGCCUUCAGGAACUGUGACACCAACAACUAUCUCUCACAAGCAGUUUCUGAUUAAAGAAUUUUCCUUCACAAAAAAGACCUGUAGACCAAAAAUUGUACAAAAUUAAAACUAAAAUUAGAUUGGUUUUGUCCAUCUAAAGUGCAGAUAUGUGAUGAACUCAGUUACCUGAAUCAGAGUGAAAUUUAUGGGACUCAAGACAAGCUCAGAUGUGUAUGAGGUUAGGCCCAAAUCUUCUGGCUAUUUGUCCGACAUCAUUAUGCAGAAUAUUUAGGUUAGUGUAAAGUGACACAUUGUAAUGCUGUACAUAACGAUGUCGAGAUCCAAAUCAGCUAGGAGCUCUUACAGGGUCUUCCGAAGCUUUUAGAGUCCAACGCUUGACCAGAUGCAGAGAUAUCAUAUUUGGAUCUGCACAAAUGUGUUUGAUUGCUCACUGCAGAAUUUAGCAGAUGUUUGAGUAAAAGGAUGAAGCCUUCAGGAAUAAAGAACCUAGCAGUUAAGAUGUGAUAUGUACAGUAUGUGCGCUGAAAAAAAAAAAGAUAGAAGUUAUUGUAAAAACAAAAAAAAAAACAAAAAAAAAAACCAAAAAAGAAAAACCGUGAUGCACAGGCAUGGCUUCUUAAUGUUUUCUGAUGGGAAAAGUCAUCAAUAUUUCCUUGUUUUACUGCACUUACUAUUAUUUCUUGAUUGAAUUUGUUCAGUAUAAGCUCGUUAUUGUGCAAAUUUAAAUAAAUAUUUCUCUUACCUUAA